GAUUAUCCGGAAGUAGCGUGGAGCACGAGAGCUCAACCCGGGGAUCAGCUGAGCUGCAGAAAGCCUUCACUAUGGGAUCCAAAGGAACUGAGAGCUGGUCCAACAUGUUGGCUUCUUUCCGGGCUGGCCCCACAGCUUUCCUUUUGUCCCACGGAGCCAGCGAGACCUUCGUGGCCGAGCUUUUGCGGGAACUGCAUGGCGACCGGUCAGGGGAACAGAUCAAGCUCUCCAUGUUGAUGCUGCUCUUGGAAUACCCCACGCUGCUGUGUCCGGAUCCCAGGGCCGGUCAAGAGACGGCGGCUUCCCUCUUGGCCCUAUUUGCCCAGCUGGGCUCCUCGCCGACGAAGCUUUGCCUCCGGCGCCACCUCCUCUUCGCGACGUUGACAGUGCUUGUGGCCACGGAAGCCUUCGGCGAGGCGUGCCAGACCUCCCGCGAGUACCUCGCCCUCUUGCUCCACUUGGCUUCCGAUCUCAACGACCAACACGGCGGUCAAGCAGAACGUCCCAUCCGGACGGCCGCUUGCGAGUGCCUCCACGAGUUAGAAAUUGGCUACCCCGGUUUGCUUUCGGGCCGCCUGGAGACCUUGCGCUCCUUCCAACGGCGAGAAGCUUCGCUGGCCCAUCAAAGCUACGCCCUUCUUUACGGCGCGGCUUUGCGCAACGCCAUCUUGCUUCUGGCGAAGAGCAGCGAGGGGAGCCUUGGGGAGCUAUUAGGAGGGAACAAGGAACUCACGUGGGAGGCCGCAAAGGAGCCAGAUGAGAUUUCCCUAGCCAACCUUGACCAGCUGGUCCUGCUCCCCUCUCCGGGAGACCUCAAGGAGCUGAAGUCGGUCGUCUCGGCCCUUCUAGACAGCUCUUAUUUCCUCUCGCCGGCCGCGCAAAGCCACCUCCUUUGGCAUCUAGCCCAAGUGGUCAGCGUUGUCCGCACCCAGUCUCCGGCCAUCUUCAAAGCCCAGCUGGUGCGCCUCUUCGGCACGGCGGACGUGGCCCUCCAGCACGCCAUCCUCCAGCUCAAGGCCCUCUUCACCGACAGCUUGUUUACAGCCGAGGAUGAAUCGUUCCUGCUCCGUCGCUUAGUCGGGUUGGCCCAGCACCCUGCUUUGCCCACUCCGGUCAAACUCUUCCAUCUGGACUGCCUCUUGCACUUUCCGGAGAACCGACCGCUGGGUUCGGGCGCCGACGAAGGCCUUCCCGUCCUGCUCACCCCUCGCACCGCUUCCGGACUCUUCCCAGGUCUUUUCCAGGAUCAAGGCACCGUCUUGGCCCGGCUGAAUUUGCUGUGCUUGGUGUGCGUCGAGAGCGAGGGCCCCACCGCCGAACGGGGGGCGGCUUACCUCUUAGAGCACGUCUUAGCCCUCGGCGGAGUUGUGGUCCAAGGGGGUGGUCCGGAAGCCGUGCGGCUCUUUUUCCGAGCGGCGUUCCUUUUCGCCCGCUACUUUGGCUCCCGUCCGCAGCCCAUAGCGGAGCUCACCCAGUGCUUGCUAGGUCUCUACCGCCACAAUUGCGCCCUGGCACCAAAUAUUAUCAACCUAUUGGAUGAAGCGUGGGGUUCGUUGGAAGAUCCUGGCUGGGUCGCCACCCUCGCCCGAGCCUUGCAGGACCUCAUUGUGGGCUUCCCCUUGAAAGAGGAGGACUUGGGUUGGCACUUGAAGGUGUUGGCCCGGUUGGCGAAGGAGAAGGACAUCCCCCAAGCGAGCACCUUGCGCUUCCUGAGACGCUUAGUUGCUUUAGGUCAACUGGGAGACUGGCGCUCGGGGCAGAUCCUCCUCAGGGUGUGCCGAAACCUGAUGGAGUUGUGCCGGUCACCCGCUUUGGCCGACUUAGUGGACCUCCUUCAAGCCGUGGCUCUCAAGCACGCGGACACCGACAUCCAAGACCGGGCUCGCUUCUACUAUACUUUGCUGUCCAACCUCUCUGACGAGAAGCUUGGCGCUGUGUUGGCUCGGGAGGCCCCCGCCAAGGCCCGGACACUCUCCUCGUCCAUUGUGGCCGACAGCGAGAGCUUUGUGGCCUCGCUGACCGUUCACCCCAUGGAACCAGCUCCCCUUAAGCUGCAGCGGGUGACAAACAGCGGUGAUGUCCCCGCCGCCUCUUAUCCGGCACACGAUGUGGAGGACUAUUCCCAGUGGCUAUUGGAAGCCCGGCCACCAUCACAGCUCUAUUUGACGUAUCAGUUGGUCCACGUGGGUCCCCGCAGCCCUCCUUUUGACCUCCUGCUCUGCGUAGUGCUCCGUUUCUCGUGCUCCAACCAACACUACGAAUUGGUGCCGGAACUGUGCGUGCCGUGCCUCUCGGCACACCGCCCGCCCCAGACGUUAGCACUGAAGCUGACUCCGCGUUGCCCGUACCCAACCCGUGUUGACGUUUCCGCUUUGUACACCACCCAGGAGGGCCUCACUCGCUGCAGCCAACUCGAGCCGGUGGAAGUAUCCUUCUGCGACCUCUUUAUGCCCCUUUCGGUGCCCGCUUGGCCUUUGGAGAAGCGCCAACGUCUCUUCGGUGCCCUCUGGCAACGGCUCUGCCCUAAGAGUAACGGAGACUGCGGCGAGAGCUUGACCGUCUGGCCAGUGCCGCCGCAGUCUCUCGACGGACUGAUGCAAAGCCACUUUGCGAGGUAUCUUUUGGCCGACCGCUCCGGGUGCUACGAAAUCGGCCUUGCCUUGCCACCUCGGUGCCACGUCCUGCUCCAAGUGCAUAGCAUUGCGGAAUCUGCUCGGGUGGGCAUCCGCACGGACAACUGGAAAAUCCUGCCAUCCCUGAACAGCUACUUACAGAGUCUCAUAGGCACGGCAUGAAAAUUGAGCCUCUCGUCUGGACUCCUGCCAGUGUCCCCUACCUGUCAACAUCUUGGUGAUCUGUAUAAAUAAAAAUGUAAUGUUCGUUU